CAUGGCUCCAGCCAUAGAGCGUGAAUUAUAAAAUGGGAAAAGGGCUGCGAUUGCUGCCUUCUCUCGCUUUCACUCUCACCCACUCGCACAGCGGAAAUUGCCUCCCUCGUGGCUCCGCCGUAGGGUUCCGAUCCAUCUCCUCCACAUCCACCACCACCAAGAUGUCGGCAGAGCACUAUAAGUUCGGGCCUUACAAAAUAGAGCCGAAGGAAGUAUUUUACUCUUCUGAGCUCUCCUAUGCCAUGGUCAACCUUCGUCCUGUUGUUCCUGGUCAUGUGCUGGUCUGUCCAAAGCGAGAAGUGAAGCGUUUUGCUGAUCUCACUGUUGAUGAGACUAGUGAUUUAUGGUUUAUGGCACAGAAAAUUGGCAGUCGGCUUGAGGGCUACCACCAGGCAACAUCUCUCACUUUUACCAUCCAAGAUGGUCCCCAGGCAGGACAAACGGUACCUCAUGUUCAUAUCCACAUCCUCCCAAGGAAAAGUGGUGAUUUUGAGAAUAAUGAUGAGAUUUAUGAUGCAAUUGAUGUGAAGGAGAAGGAAUUAAAGCAAAAACUAGAUUUAGACAAGGAAAGGAAGGACAGAAGCAUAGAGGAGAUGGCUCAAGAGGCAGAGGCUUAUAGGUCGCUUUUCUUUUAGAUUUAUUAAGAGAAUUUAAAGCUCAAUAUUCAAUGACAAAUACCUUGAAAGGUGUAUUGGAAAUAGAUGAGCCAUAAAACUUCCAGAAAUGAUAAUGAAAAAAAAAAUUAUUUCAAAUUGAA